AUGAACUCCGUCAACGACAUUACCUCUCUACAUAGUGCGCAACUUCUUCCCGAUGACUCACAGCGCCAUAUUAAGACUGUCUGCGGAAGCCGAGCUGCAUCAAUAGAAGAAUUCCGCUUGACGGUAUCAGAAGUCACGCCUGAAAACGCAACGGUCUGUGAAUCGUCCUCUUAUUACAGAUCCGGUUUUGAGCGCCUGGAUGCGCAUGUUCUCCGUCAAACCCACCAUCUGAGUUUACAAACCCGAAUAUUCUUCGGGUUAUCUCCCGCUUCUAUUUUCGAGAUCGAGAGUUUGGAUCUUGAUAUCCCGAACUGGGAACAAAAACUCUGCUACACUGCGCUGGCGCAGCUAUAUACUUUCUUCGCAGAGGCCGUCCUCGAGCCUCUCACCUGGCCGGUCCUAUUCACAUGGCCUGUCUUGCUGUCAGAGGAGUUUCUAGGGCUUAUUCAACAGAGGCAUUCGUUGGCAUUGGUUAUCGUGGUUUGUGCCCGUCUUUCGGAAUUCGAAGCACUGGCUGCUGCACGGCUGGGCGGAGCUGGAACUGUAGACUCUGAGGAUUUGGAUUCUAUGAUUGCGGGCGUCGAGAUGAAAGGCUGGGCCAAGGCGCAAAGACUGCAAGUCCCGCAUUUGUGUCGAAAUCCACUACUUGAAGGAUACCUUCGAUCUACGAUCACUGAGAAUAUGGAGAAAGAGUGA